CGGAUAUCUUUUUUUUAUCAAUUUUUUUACGUUCAUGUUUUCAGAAAGUUUUCGUGUCGAACCUUUCGAGGUGUCCUAAAAGAUCAGGUUGCUAUUUCCAAUCGGUUGCGCUUUCCAACAAAUGUGAUUGUGCUUUUUAAAUUUGUAAUCUGGAUGCUAUGGAGAAGCACAGCAGCCGACGAAAGCAUGAAAGCGGUAUCCGGCGGCUAGAAAAGCAGUUGAAGUUAUGGAAUAUACACUGCUUAACAUGCUCUUCUCCCACGAAAGUGUUAGGAGUUGGAAACGCCGGCUUGGCUUGCGGUUUUUCCGAACAGGACGUCAUAAACGAGAUUGCGAAGAUUUUUACUUUGCAAACUUCUUUGGGACAGCCAAUUCCGCGGACUGAGGUUACCAUGAUUGCGGACAAACAAUUUUCCCUCAUUUCCUGUGAAAACGAAAGCGCUGCAGAACAAAUUCAUCAAAGUAUCUCUGGGCGAUCUUUUACGACCAGCUUUGGAUCUGAAUUUCCCUGGUUUCCCGCAUAUCUCGCAGACUUCGAUCCGAGGCAGACACCGGAUUUAUUAUCACCCAAACAACCUCCUGGACUGCAUUACUACCCUGAAUUUGUAAGCCCCGAAGAGGAACAUCAGCUUAUUGGUUUUGUUGAAUGCGCUCUGCAGAACGUUCCAUCUAAAGACGUUUUACGAAACAGAACAGCACUGCAUUAUGGAUUCAGGUUUCUUUAUGGAUCGAACAAUGUGGAUAUGAAGAAGGAGACCGUCGAACCAAUUCCGGCAGUUUGUGAUCCUCUUAGAUCGAAGUUGGUCGCUUUGGGACUUUUUGAAAGACCUCCUGAUCAGCUGACAAUUAACAUUUAUCAACCUGGUCAGGGAAUACCAGCACAUGUGGAUACUCAUUCCGUUUUUGAGAACGGUAUUUGUUCGAUCAGUUUGGGCAGUCCGGUGGUGAUGAACUUCUCUCGUGGGUCAGCGACGUUGCCAGUAGUGUUGCAACCCAGAAGCGCAUUAAUAAUGAAGGACGAAUGCCGCUAUGCGUGGAAACAUGGGAUUACGCCGCGUACAACCGAUGUCAUUCCAGGAAACAACUCGCGCCGAGGAAGGCGUAUUUCGCUUACCUUUCGCUGUGUUCGCAAUCACCCAUGCACAUGUGCAUAUCCCGAUGAAUGCGACAGUCAGUAUACCAGACCUUCUGAUCACAGCAGAGCAAAUGAUGAGAACGCUGGUGGUAACCAAGAAAUCAGCUCAGAAUUAUCGCUGGAAGAAAGCCAUGUGUAUCAGGUUUAUGAAGACAUCGCAGCGCAUUUUAGUCAGACACGAUACAAGCCCUGGCCUAAAGUGGUGGAAUUUGUGGAAUCAAUACCAUGCGGCGGCGUUGUAGCGGAUGUGGGUUGUGGCAAUGGAAAAUAUCUUGGCUUAAGCAAACAAAUAUUCGAGGUUGGAUGCGACCGUAGUGUCAACCUGAUUGAUAUUUGCCGCGACCGGAAACUUGAGGUUCUGAUUAGCGAUGUACUGUCGUUGCCGUUCAGAGAUGGCUGCUGCGACGGCGUGCUGUGCAUCGCCGUGAUUCAUCAUCUCAGCUCUCAGGAGCGCCGAAUAAAGGCUUUGCGGGAACUAGUACGAGUAUUAUCAGUGAACGGCAGCGCAUUAGUGUACGUUUGGGCACUGGAGCAGAAAAAGGAUCAGAGAGUUUCUACUUAUUUGAAAGGCGGCGGCAAACCAAGUACCUCUUCGAAAGACGGAGGCGAUGAACGUGAGCAGACUCUUGAUGUCCUUCCCACUGAGGCGCGAUUGAAUACUGCCGAUAGCAGUGACGGCACCGAAUUGCCCAUUCAUACCAACCGGACCCAAUUUAAACAGCAAGAUAUUCUCGUGCCUUGGCAUCUCAAACCGAAACGUAAAGAAUGUGAUGCGGUGAAGCAAGACGAAAAAGUUUUUCAUAGAUACUAUCAUGUUUUUCGAGAGGGUGAGUUGGAAGAGUACUGCGAAUGCUUGGAUAAUAUCGAAAUUUUGCAGAGCUAUUAUGACGAGGGAAACUGGUGUAUUGUUUUGCGAAGAUGUUUUUAGUUGCAUAGAUUUUUAUUCUUAGAAUUCUUCUUUUUGAUUUCUGAUUACAAGGCAAAUCAUUUUGUCUAUACCAGUCUAUACGUAGGCAACCAAAAACAUACGUAUUCGUUUA